AUGGAGUUGUUGCUUUUUGGGAUUUGGAUGUGGACGAGUAGUCAACAAAGAACUGGGAAAGUGACUGCUUUGGGGUUUACUACAGACUCUUUUUUGUUAUUAAGUGGAACUGAACAAGGAAAUAUUCAUUUUUGGGCAACAGGGACAGGGCAAUUGCUUAAACAAUUACAGCUUCAUACAGACUCGAUUUUGUCCUUAAAUGUUUUUGUUGAUGGAGGAAGGAAUGCAGAAAUGGGUCAAGUAAUACCAACACAUCAACAACAACAAUUUCAACCUUUAAGAGUUGUUUCUUGUGAUUCUUCUGAUAAUGCCCAUAUUUGGACUUUGCCUUCCCUUGAUGAAAAUAGUCGGAAAAUAGAGGUAUAUGGAAGAGAUUUAAUUUUGUUGACUUUCUCUUUCUAG